UAGUUGUCACUUCUUCAACAGAAACACAUCCCAAAUAUGGCCUCUACCAAAGUCGAUAUUGCCAGACAGGUGCCCAGUGCACCACCAGCAGAUGAACCCGCUGCAAGAUUAUUGCCCGGUGAACACACCCUUCCCGCCAGUUGGUGGACUAGUGAAAAGGUGUUUGAGCUUGAGAAAAGAUCUAUUUUCAACAAAAGUUGGCUUUUCUGUAUCCAUUCAUCGCGGUUCAACAAGGCUGGUGAUUACUUCAGAUUCACAUUCGCAGGAAUCAACUUUUUUGUUAUCAAGUCCAAAGUUGACAACCAGAUCAAGGCCUUCCAUAACGUUUGUCGUCACAGAGCUUAUCCCGUGGUACGUAAGGAUAAAGGAUCUUCAACCGUGCUUGGCUGCAAAUACCACGGCUGGUCCUAUAACUCGGACGGAAAAUUGCUUAAAGCUCCUCACUUCAACGAUGUAGAAGGGUUUGUCAAGGAAGAAAACUCAUUGUUUCCCGUCAACACCCACGUGACCGAGCAAGGGUUGGUAUUUGUUAACUUCAACAACGACCCCGAGUCGGUGAUUCCGUUUGACAAGUGGUUUGAAGGUUUGAACAGCGAGCUCAAUGAAUUUGAUUUCUCCGACUAUGAAUACCACAUGUCUUACGAAUUGGACGGGCAGUUCAAUUGGAAAACUUUGAUGGACGGGUACCAGGAGUGCUACCACUGUCCCACCGCCCAUCCUGGAUUAAGCUCAGCCUUUAAAAUGGAAACUUACAAGGUUGUUCCAAAAAACAGGUACUGCCGUCACUAUGCACAAAUCGUGCGUGAGGAACAACCCGAAUCCGAACCUGAACCCGAACCCGAACAAAGUAGUUGGUUUGGUAUGAGGAAACAGGCUCAACCGCAACCAAGUCCUCAGAAAAAACCAAAGAAGGCCAACCCAGGGGGUGAGUUCAAUGGUUUGUGGGUAUAUUUAUUCCCCACCAACGGGAUCAACUGCUAUUCUCCCGCUUGGUAUUCGAUUAGAGUAUUGCCAGUGUCUCCUACCCACACGAUUUUGCAGUACGAUAUCUUUACUAAAAAGGGCUUGGAUGAAGAUACCAAGAAGGAGUUUGUGGACUUUUUGCAGUUGGUGGAAUUGGAAGAUUUUAAUUUGUGUCAGUUAACACAAAAAAACUUGAACGAAGGGGUGUACUCUUCAGGCUACUUGCACCCACUCAAAGAAAGAGGCGUAUUGUUUUAUCAGAAUUUGGUGAGAGAUAUGGUGAAAGAGCAUUUCGCUCUUGAGCAAGCAGCAGGAAAGCCCAUUAAUCCAGCCAUUAUUAGCAAUAAAAAGGCCAAUAAAGAUGUGCAGGAGUUGGAGGAAAUCUGUAACCAGUUGGAAUGUGGCAGUUCUUCCGGGAGUUCAGAACUCCAGUGGUAAAUACGUAAUAGCUUGACAAUAGUGAUGUUUUGUA